AUGCUCACCAUGAUAUACGCCCUCGUCACGUACCACUGGAGGGCAAGGUCCAUCCGCGUCAGAGGCCAGGCCGGCUUCGACGAUCGCUUCGGCCCCACCCUCCUGGCCGUCGUGCUCCUGCUGGCCGUCGUCGUCAACUUCAUCCUCAGGAUCGCCGACCGCUCCAACAAGGAGAAGAAUGGUAUGAACCGAUGCCCCGACAUACACAUGUACCGCCGUCCCUGUCACUCACGCGCCCGUACUCGUCUGCACGGUAACACCGUCCUUGGCCCUCAGCUCCGGCACGGCCCCCGCCGACAAGAACACCCUCAUCGACUUGACAGCCCGCCCGCUCCUCUGCGGAAGCACGGCGUUCUCGAACCUGGUCUGCAUCGAUUCGAAAUAGUCGUCUUCGUCUUCGUCUUCGCCGUCCUGUUCCUCAUCAUCGCCAUCUCCCUUGUCUUGCUUCGCCCCAUCCAGUACCGUCCCCUCCACGACGUCCACCCUCUUCUUCAUCCUCUUCUUCUUGGCGGCACCAUCGUCCGACGGCAGUUCGAAGAGCUGAUUAUACUGGAACCACGGCCUCCCCUGCGCCUUGAGUACGCGCUUGCACUGCUCCACGAUUGUGAUGAGCUUGCAUGCCUCUGCUGGCCGGGAGUGCAACAGAACUACACGGCUCCUCGUCCUGCUCCUGUCGCUGACGGCUCCGUCCGAGCUGCUGUCGGUGCGGGGUUGGAGGAUGUGGCCGGUCGCGUAGAUGACGCGCUUGCGUAUCUCGGUCGACGAGAUGACCGAGGCGGUAAGGAUGUCGUAUUUGGAGGAGAGUUCUGCUGCGAUGGCUUCGUGGGGGGCUGA